AUGGAUGAAACCAGCACGGAUAUCAAAUACUGGAAGAGCGACAUGGUUCCGCCUGUCCGAUUUGAGCAGGCAUGCUCAGAAAUGAUCUCCAGCAGCGAAGGCGUAAACUUCUUAAUCGAGCUAGGCCCCAGCGGCGCACCAAUUGCAAAGAUCAAGAAAUCACUCCCAGGCGGCGGCACAAAUACCAAGUACUGUGCGGCUGCAAAGAGAGGUCCAGAUUCUGUUAUGUCAACGUUCGGUGUGGACGGACAAUUCUUCAUCGCUGGUAGUAAUGUGAUUAUGUCUCAUGUUAACAGAGAUGAUUCAGACUUUGACACGGCAGCAGUCAUAAAAGACUUACCCAACUACGUCUGGUACCAUUCUGUCAAGUACUGGCAUGAGAGCGAGGCAAGCAAGGACUGGCGCUUCAGGCAGUUCCCUCAUCAUCAUGAUCUUCUAGGUAGCAAGAUCCUGGGAACCUCAUGGAACGCACCAUCGUGGAAGAAAAUUCUUAAUGUUAUUGACGUGCCGUGGCUCAAAGACCACAGGAUGGGAAAUGACAUCGUUUUCCAGCAGCGGAUUAUAUAA